GGAUCGGCUGCUUGGCGCGCACGGCGCGGCGCGGCGCUAUUCAUAAUUUUGCCGGCUGAAUCAAAAUGGCGAAUCCGAAGGGCGAUUCAAUGAACUCUUCAAAAUUCUACUAUCCUAACCCAGAAAUCCAAAAUGGGGCUCACGUCCGCUCCAUGGAACAGUACCGUGCAAUGCACAAGCAGUCCAUCGAAGAACCGGAGGUGUUCUGGGGAAAUAUAGCUAAGGAUUUCCACUUCGAACGGCCGCCGACCGAGGGUAAAUUUCUGGAGUACAACUUCAACGUAAAUGAUGGCCCUGUGUUUAUAAAGUGGAUGCAAGGUGCUACUACUAAUGUUUGUUACAAUGUACUGGACAGACAUGUCAAGGCUGGAAAAGGAGACAAGAUUGCAUUCUAUUGGGAAGGAAACGACCCAAAUGACAGCUCAACAAUCACCUAUGGACAACUACUUAAGGAAGUCUGCAAGUUUGCCAAUGUUCUGAAGGGUUUGGGUGUGAAGAAGGGAGAUUGUGUGGCCAUCUAUAUGCCUAUGAUAGCUGAGCUUGUGGUGGCCAUGCUGGCUUGUGCCCGAUUGGGAAUAAUGCAUUCCAUUGUGUUUGGUGGUUUCUCUGCAGACUCCUUGGCUGGCCGUAUGAUGGACGCCCAGUCCACUGUACUGGUCACCUCUGACGGAGUAUUCCGAGGCACCAAGUUGGUAAACCUAAAGCAAAUCAGCGAUGAUGCCAUUGACAUAUGCAAGAAAGCGAGCUUUGUCGUGAAGACUGUUGUCCUUGUACGUCAUCUUGGUCCAAAUACACCAACUAGAGAGAUACCUAGCAGUGAUCAAGGAGUUAAGAGACCGUGCAUGAGUUUAAAAACUAACUUUGUGGAAGGUCGUGACCACUGGUGGCAUGAUAUCAUGACAGGAGUUAGUGAUGAAUGCGAUCCAGUGUGGUUGGAGGUGGAGGAACCUCUGUUCAUGCUCUACACAAGUGGCUCGACUGGCAAACCAAAAGGUGUCCUCCACACGCAAGCGGGGUACAUGUUGUACGCGGCUACCACCUUCAAGUAUGUGUUCGAUUACCAUGAGGGCGACAUUUACUGGUGUACAGCUGAUAUUGGAUGGAUUACAGGGCAUUCGUAUGUCGUGUAUGGACCUAUGGCCAAUGGAGCAACAAGCGUCAUGUUUGAAGGUAUCCCUACCUACCCAGAUGCUGGACGAUGUUGGCAGAUAACAGAUAAGUACAAAGUCAAUUUGUUUUACACGGCGCCCACACUGGUACGCAGUCUAAUGAAGUAUGGCAAGGAACCAGUGAAGAAGUACAGCCGUAAGUCUCUGAGGGUUCUUGGCAGCGUAGGGGAGCCUAUGAACCCAGAAGCUUGGUUAUUCUAUUAUCAUGUCAUCGGUGACGGUCGAUGUGCCAUCAGUGACACAUUCUGGCAGACAGAAACGGGUGGACACACCGUCACACCUCUCCCAGGUUGCACCCCGAUGAAGCCAGGAGCUGCUUCUUUCCCGUUCUUUGGCAUUGAUCCGGCAGUCGUUGAUGAGGAGGGUAAAGAACUCGAAGGAGUUUGUGAAGGAUACCUGGUCUUCAAGAAGCCUUGGCCAGGUGUAAUGAGGACAGUGUACGGGGACCAUGAGAGAUAUGAGAGGACAUAUUUCAGACAAUUCCCUGGCUACUACAAGACUGGAGAUGGCUGUCGACGGGAUGAAGAUGGUUACUUCUGGAUCACUGGCCGGAUUGACGACAUGUUUAAUGUCUCUGGUCAUCUACUGAGCACAGCUGAGAUUGAAGCUGCCUUGACGGAACAUCCAAAAUGUGCUGAGGCAGCCGUUGUAUCUUACCCUCACAAGACUAAGGGAGAAUGUUGUUACUGCUUCAUCACCCUCAUUGAGGGAGCUGAGUUUACGGAGCAGGUUAUUCACGAACUUAAAGAACUAGUUCGUAUCAAAAUCGGUCCCUUCGCAGCCCCUGAUGUUCUCCAGAAUGCUCCUGGCCUGCCAAAGACACGCUCAGGGAAGAUCAUGCGUCGUGUUCUGCGUAAGAUAGCUCGUAACGACAGGGAUCUGGGUGAUGUUAGUACCAUGGCAGACUCAACAGUUGUUGACGUACUGUUCAACAACCGACCGGAUGUUGAAAAAUGGGCCAGUCUGAAUAACCAAGUGGUACUGUAAAGUCCAGUGAUCAGUUGUGGAACACCAGAAGCAGAUGAUAUUGGCAAUGUUCUUUACUCUCCCUCAACCUUUAAAGGCUACAAGAAGAAAUUUUAUUGAUAUCUGAUGAUUUUCGUACUCAAUCUUGCAAAGUGAGAUUUCCCAACUAAUUAUCUUGUUCAGCGUUUCACUCGAUAAUGACAAUUGGCAAAGCACAAAACUAAUUUGGGGACCAUUUUACCUCGUAUCAGGAAGAAUGUUUGCGGAGAUUCCAAGCCGUUUAUUUUGCAGAUGUUCUCUUUUUUUUAUACCGGAUGAUUUUCCAGUCAAUUCAAGUUACCUUUUAUGUAAAUUACAAGUCGAUUACUUUGAGCUGAAGCCCAGCAUUGACGAUAUUGUUUCCUUUUGUUGCGCAGAUUCCAUUCAUUUUCAGAACUAUUCAGUGUAGAAUUUAAUGUAAAUGAUACUAAACCUUAAGCUUUCAGGGAGUAUGCUAUUUCAGGACAGGAUGUAUUCUUUCCUUGUGUUUUUAACUAAAUUCUUAAUUUUAGCCGAUUCUUACUGAAAUACUUAGAGAAUCAUUAAAAUGACAUGGCCUCCAUGUUGAAAUCCCCUCAGUAGUGAAGAAAUGAGCUAGGCUGAUACCUUGCUCGUGGUGCAAGACCACAGACUCCCGUGAUUUGUGCAUAUGAAUCCAAUUACAUCUACUUCUGUGAAUACUCCACACUUUUCACCUGCAAACCAGUGUGCCAAUGUAACAUGUUGGCCCAGUGGUAUGUUGUCGUUGGUUAAAACAAGAAGACCUUGUCCAUGCUUGGAAUCCAUGGGGAGAAAGCAGAAUGAUUAAAAUAAGACACCUGCUGACAACUUCAUGACAUUUUUCAAUCUUAAGCUCCCUAUUCAUUUUAAGGAGGGCUUGGGUUUUGGUGAUGGGACUCUGGAUCUUCAUGUUUACUUUGCUUGUUUACAAACCAGCUUUCAGCAACUGAGCAUGGGGAAAAGUAAACAAAGUCAUUUUUCCAGUUUACUUUUUGGUUCUCCUCGCUCAGAUGGGAUGAACUAAUGAAGAAUGGUCUUUCAUUCCUGUUAACUUGUAAUCUUUACAACGGCUCAUUCUUUGCAUAAAAUACCUAUGAAUAAUUUAUUUUGCCACCUUUUCACAUUAACAACUCUUAUGUCAAGAAGACGACAUUUUCCAUUGGAUGCAAUUAUCCGGAUAAAUUUUGUAGCCUAUCAGCAUUCAGUGUCGCUGAGAACUGGUGAUUUGUGCAGGUCAGCGUUCCAUCUUCAUUUUAUAUUUAUGAGCUGGAGGACAUUUAAGAUCAUAUGAAAUGUUGAUAAAAUGUCUGAGAAUUCAGCUCACAUCUGUGAAAUAUUUUUUGAUUUAAGCAAGCAAUAAAUAUUUAGUCUUAGUUACAUAUGUAUCAAUCAUUCAGCAGUAGUUAAUGUGCACGCAUUACAGCCAGGACACCAAACAUUAUUUUUUGUUUUGCCACUGAAUUUGACUGUAUUCCAGCCUGAUUGGUAUCAGGUAGUUGACAAUCAAGCACACACUAAUUUCUGACUAAAAUGAACCUGUCAGUGUACGACCAUUUUAAUUGAUAAUGGAUAUUUAAACUAAGAUUAAAAUGAACGUUGGAAUAAACCUGUCGUUUGUCACUCAUCGGUUCCAGGAACCUGAAACAUGUACACACAACUGUUAGUCAUUUGUUGGUUUUGUUUGCAAUUUUAAUUAAAUAUUUGUAGAAAUGGUUAACAGGACCAUGUAUGAUGUCAUUUUUAGAAAGAAAUGUAAAACUAAUUAUAACCCUUUUGAUGCAUGUUUUACAUAAUUCAAUCGACAGUUUACUCAGAUGUAUACCUCUUUCCUACUAAGAAAUAUUACACAAUUCAAUGCCCGUCAAUUAUUCUAUUCAGGUUAGCCCCAAUUGUUAGCCAGUGAUUUCUUCUUCAGUUAGCAUCACUUUUAUAUAUUUCUGGUUUUAGAUGAAAUGGUAUAGAUGUCUGUACUGUCAGUGUUUCAAACACUGUACAGUGGGAACAUUGUUACAUUGUGUUAGUUUUCAUAAAUUGACAACAAAAUAAAUCAACAUGCAGCUUUCAUUUAUAAA